UUUUUUAAAUUUUAUUUUUAUUUUUUAAAGCAGCUGCUGAAGAUAUCAAAGUUUCCCCCGCUCAGAACCAGAACCAUCAGUAGAACGGGAUGGAUCUAACCCUCCGGCUGCUCAUGUGGCAGCAYCUGUUCUCCAGCUGUGGACUUGUCACUCUUCAUCAGAGCCUACUGCAGCUCUGGAUGCUGCUGCUGCUCUGCCUCAUCUGCAGGUUUACCUUCAUACUUGGACUUGGACCAAAUGUGAAACAUGUGAUGUCAGCUGUGCUUGGUGCCUAUGGCCUCUUUCAGUUCUUCGAGCUGCACAUGUUGUGGGUUCUGCUGCUCAGUGUUCUGUGUUACUCCAGCCUCCUGUUCAGCAGGAAACUGGGCAGCCAAGGCCUCUUCCUCUCAGCGGUCGUCCUCGUCUUCCUUCUCAUUGGAGAAUUGCAUUUAAUCGAUGUGGUUACCUGGCAUAAAAUACGAGGUUCUCAGAUGGUGGUGGCCAUGAAAGCCAUCUCCAUGGCCUUCGACUUGGACAGAAGAACAGUGAAUCACCUCCCAUCCUUACUGGAAUUCCUGGGUUAUGUUUUCCAUGUGGGUUCUGCUGUGUUUGGCCCAUGGAUCAGCUUUUCCACCUACAUGAGAGCAGUAGAAGGCCCAAAGCUGACCUGGUUGUGGCUGCGCAGUUCCUUCAUUUGCCUCUUUAAAAGUCAGAUGUGUUUGCUGGUGUCCUCCUGCAUCGCUCCAUACCUUUUCCCUUUAUUCAUCCCUCUGUAUGGAAACUCUUUCACCCAAAAGUGGUUGGAUGCCUACGAGAAUGCUGUGUCGUUCCACUUCAGUAACUACUUUGUGGGUCAUCUGAGUGAAAGUACCAGUAUGUUGGCUGGAGCAGGUUUCACAGAAGAAAAGGACCACAUCCGAUGGGACCAGAGUGUAGUGAAACCUCUGAGUGUUGAGAUGCCCCGCUCCAUGGUUCUGGUGGUCACUUCCUGGAAUAUACCCAUGUCGGUUUGGCUCAAAACCUAUGUGUUUAAAAAUGCUAUGAAACUGGGAACAUUUCCUGCUAUUCUGAUCACAUACACAGCCAGCGCCAUGCUGCAUGGUCUGAGUUUUCACCUGGGGGCCGUCCUGCUUUCACUGGGACUCAUCACGUAUGUUGAACAUGUUCUGAGAACAAAGCUCGGCUCCAUCCUCAGUGCCUGUAUCCUGUCCAGACCCUGUCUGUCCAACUGCAACCACCAGCACAAAAAGAACCUUUGGGUGAAGCUGCUGAACCUGGUCUUCAGUUUUCUGGUGGUCUUCCAUUUGACCUACCUGGGCUCCAUGUUUGAUCCUGGAGCUGAUGAACAGGAAGUAGAAGAGGGUUACGCAGCCAUCCAUACCAUCCACAGGUGGUCUGAACUGAACUGGGCCAGCCACUGGCUCGUCUUCGGUUGCUGGAUCUUCUAUCGUCUGAUUCUUUGAGCUGAUUCCAGUAUGUUGGAGAGCUGACAGACUCUACAUUUGAUAUCAGGAAACAGGUUGGCUGUGGGGUUCUGCUGAGGCUCUGACUGAACUGAGGGAGUUCCUACAAACUGACACUCUGAUGGAGCUCAGAAACCAACAGUUCUUAUAUUCAGUUCUGUUAGAGACCAUUUUUCUUGCUGGGCUUUUUAAACUAAACUACAGUAAAGAGUUCAUCAGAUGGGACUGUGA